CUGGCAUACUUUUAGGAUCACAUUGUCGAUUUAUCCACUCGUGUUUUUUCCUCGCCCUUGUUUGCUGCAAUAACUUGAAUCAAACAACUCAAUAUCAGAAAUCCCUACAUAUAUCCUUAUUUUAAAAAUCGCAAGACUUGAUGAAAUAUCAUUUACAAAUCGAAGCUAUUAAUUUUAAGUGAAUAGUACGUUAAUUGGUUAGAGUGUAAGUGAGAAAAUGGCGAAAAACAAAAGUACUGUCUAUCUUGGCUUUGAGGAUGAGGAAAUUACAGGCAAACACGGGUCUAUAUUGAACAGUACGGUGAACAAAGUUGGUGGAACGCCGGAUUGGCCCACUGGUGAGAUAAAAGUGCCUUCGUGCCCGCUCUGUGGCACAGCACGUCCGCUAAUUGUACAAUUGUAUGCCCCAUUGGAACAGUCACAAUUUCACCGCACGCUGUAUGUAUUUGCAUGUUUAAAUCCGGCUUGCUCUCAAAGCUCGAAGAGUUGGCUAUGUGUACGGACACAACAUCUGGACACACCAAGUGAAGCGGAAUUAAUUAGCGCCGUGCCACCACCACUGACAGCUGGCGGUGCUAGUGCAAAGAAAAAGAAGGGCAAUAAACAAGCAGCCAAUGCAACGCAACCACAAAAAAUUGCUUGGUGUAGCGGAGCCGAUGACUGGGGCGAAGCUGUAGAUGAGAGCUGCACUGCGGCCGAUAAUGGUGUGGAGCGCAUGGAUACAGGUGCAGAUGAGUUGCAGCAUCAAAACGAAGAAAACGGCAAUGUGAUUGGGAAGAAUGAUAAUUCACCCACACGUGGUGCACACUUGCCACGUGCCGAUUCAGGCAAUAGUGAAGCCGAUGAAGAUGAUGAUGAUGAAAGCAAUUCAAUGGAUAACGAACUAGUUUAUGGAUUCGGUCAGCUGGAUAUGCAUUCACCGCAAAAUGCGGCUGAGGACCCAAACGCCAAUUGUGCGGCCGGUAAUGCUGCAGCUGCAGCUGCUGCCGAUGGUGGUGCUAUUAUGGGCUUCGGUGGUGCUACCGCUACCAUUUGUGCUGAAAUAGAGGGCGCUGAAACGGAUGUUGUGCUCGUGGAGACGCCACUAAAGCCGGAGCGUGACUUAAUUGCACUCUUGAAACACACCGCAACGCCGGCAGCUCUGGGUCCCCUUGCUAAGAUUUCCGAUGUCACUAUAAAACCCUUCUUUAUCGCAGUGGACAUAGAGCAGCGUCACAAAUGUGGUGAAUAUGAAAACUAUAGUGGUACGCUAUCGGCAGAUCACAUACGUGAACUAUAUCAGGAGUAUAAGCGGCAAGAUGAGGCCGCACAUUCGCCAAACGGUGCUGGUGCGAUUGUUGGUGCAAGUGAAGGAGGUGGAGGUGGCGAUGACGCAGAAACCUAUGAGAAAACUUUGCCGGCGCAUGGCGACAUAAUUUUCCAUCAAUUCGUUAGUACUUUGCAACAAAAUCCAGGCCAGAUAAUAAGGUAUUCACGCGACACACUACCACUUUUAAUGGGACCACUUUCCGAACCGAUACCUAAGUGUGCGAAUUGCAACGGCGAGACCAUUUGUGAGAUUCAAAUCCUUUCUACACUCAUACCGAAAUUGCGUUUGCAACAGAACAGCGAAUCGGUGCCCAUAGAAUAUGGUAACGUCCUGGUGUUCACAUGCCUCAAAUGCUGCUGGGAUACACCAGACAAAAUGCGCUAUGAACGAGUCGUCGUACAAGCAGAACAAUAAGUAGAAAGAAAAACAAAACGAAGAUUGGCGAUGUGGGCGUGAUAAGGCAACUGAAAAUCCUAGUAUCUAGCGAAUAUGCUUAAUUUUUUGUGAAUUUCAUAGGCCUAGCUUACACUUGAAAGAAACCAAAGUACCCGUGUUUAGGUCUAACGGCAUUACAUUCAAACUAUUAAAGUGUUAAAUUACUAAAGUAUGUACCUAGAUGCGUUUACAAAGUGAAACUACUUCAAUUAAUAAAAUAGAAUAACCAAAGCUCUAAGAACACACCCUUUACAUACAUACAUAAAUACUUUUAGUCCUGUCGCUACAAUAUACGACGGACUUUUUAAACUACUACAACAGGCGAGCAACCAGAAAGCUUAUUUACCAGUUAGAAGUUUUAAAUUAUAACCAGCAGCAACUUGAGUAAAAUGAUUAGAAACUUUUAAUAUAAGAAUAUAACAACCGCAAAUUCAGACAUAAUUAGGUAAUAGGUUUCUCUCAGCGAGUUAGUUUUAGGAACAAAGCGAAGCUUGUAAGUUUUUAGUCAUUCAAUCUAAAUCAAGUGACCGACUAGUAAAUAUCUGCAUAUUUUAGAAUAGAUUUUCUGAUUAUAAUAAAUUAUUUAUGUUUGUAGAAUUUUUUCCUCACUAACUGCGAAUUAAAAUAAAUCUAAAUGCAAUGCCAAAGCAAUUUCGGAUAGACAAUUUGUUUUAAAUUUAAGCAGGGAAACAAUGUAUUUUAUUUGCUUAAUACAUAAAUAUGUAUGUAUGCAUUUAGGCCUUGUUGUGUACUUAGUUUCUUAAGUAAAAUGAUUGUAGAAUACGUAGCGUUGUUUUUAUUUAAAUUGGUUUAAAGCUAAAAUUUGCAAUUAUGUUUCUGAUCUUAAAUAAAAAUUUAAUCUUAGAAUUUAUGUAUUGCACGAGAGCUAGAAAAAGGAGAGUCGAAAUAAAAUAUGAGAAACUAAUGAAAAUUGUGCUUAAAUUUC